UUCAUAUAAUCUGUGGAACAGAUCGGUGCUCGCUUCUUUAAAGACUGUAUGUGGGUGUGGACCGAGUGUGAGUUGAGGAGAAAGUGACUGAGUGAAGUAAAGCGAUGGUCCUGUACACCACCCCCUACUCCGGUGCCUGUCUGCACUUCCUGGAUGGGCUGUCCUGGAGCCUGGUGUUCCCUGAUUGGCUGCUGGACCGUCUCCUGGCGUCCUGCGUGGCCACCUCGUUGGAGAAGCGCCAGCGCUCCCAGGACCCCUGCUCCUUCCUGACCCUGUGCGUGCUGGUCUCCGCCCCCCUGUACCCUCUCCUCCUGGCCUCGCUGCCCUUCGCCCUGCUGGGCUUCAUCCUCUGGGCUCCUCUGCAGGCGGUCCGCCAGCCCUACCUGUACACCUACAGCAGACCGGAUAAGCAGCUGGUGGAACCGGGUCAGGCCGAGCCCAGUGGAGGCGGGGACGGUGAAUGGAGACCCCAGGGGCGGAGCUUCUGUUUCUGCAGCGCCAACGUUUGCCUGCUGCCCGACCUGGCCAGGUUCAACAACCUGUCCGACACCCACCGGAGAGCCCGCGAGGUGGGGAAGAGGAUCCGCAACGGCGCCAGUCGGCCUCAAAUUAAGAUCUACAUCGACUCGCCCACCAACACCUCCAUCAGUGCGGCGUCCUUCUGCAGUCUGGCCACUGGGUUCCGUCGGACCUCUUCCCUUGACCAGCGUCCAGACCACACCCACACCACCAACGGCCCCGCCGACCCUGAAACCGAGCCCCUCACAGAGUGCCCCAUCCACCCCUCAGGUGCCACCGACUGCCCCAUUCCCCCCCCCACAGGGGACCAGGGGCCCCCCCAGUGCCCUCUCCACCGGGACGACUCGGACACCACCGCCGACUGCCCCCUCCACGCCAACGGCGGCUCAGACUGUCCCGUCCACACCUCAGGCGAGGCCCCCCACUGCCCCUUGCAUUGCACCGGGGCCCAGACUGGCCCCGACCAUCAUGACUGCCCCAUGCACGGAGAGGGGGCUCAGCCCAAACCCCUGGACUGCCCACUUCACACCUCAGGGGUUCAAAUCAGCAUCAGUGCCCCGGAGCCGGAUCCGCAGGGAGGGGAAUCCGAAACGGGGAACCAUCGACCCGGGGAUCAGGCUGGGGGAGACACCGGCAGCAUGACAGCGUCCAGGGAGUCCCUUGCCCGUUACCAUGGAGGUGACGGAGGGGUAGGGAUCUCCAAUAACACGCUGUCUCAUGUCCCACGUACGUCCAUCUUUAAGCGUCCAGGUCGAAAACGCAGGCACGGAGACGAGACGUUCGACCAUGAAAUCUCUGCCUUCUUUCCCGCCAACUUGGACUUCCUGGCUCUACAGGAAGUGUUUGACCACGGAUCCACCACCCGACUGCGGCAUCAGCUGCAUCGCUACUUCCCCUACGUGUUGAGCGAUGUCGGCCAGUACGGCUGGAAAAGCUGCUGUUCCAGCUUCAAGUUCCUGAACAGUGGGCUGAUGUUGGCCAGCCGAUACCCUAUCCUAGACGCCCGCUUCGAGUGUUACCCCAAUGGGCGAGGGGAGGAUGCCCUGGCUGCCAAGGGUCCACUUUUUCUACGGGUUCAUGUGGGCACCUCCCAUCAGGAGCAAAGGGUUGUGGGAUACAUCACAUGUACACACCUGCACGCCAUAGAAGGCGACGCUGCCGUGCGAUGUGAGCAGUUGGACCUCCUUCUUCAGUGGGGCGCUGAGUUCCGCCAGGCGUCGUCACGGCAACCGGAAGGAGAAAAGGUGUUUGAAGAUCUGGUGGCCUUCGACGUCGUCCUGGGAGACCUCAACUUCGACAACUGCUCUUCAGAGGAUAAGCUGGAGCAGCAGCAUGCACUUUUUACCCAGUACAAGGACCCCUGUCGCCUGGGGCCGGGGGAGGACAAACCAUGGGCCCUGGGUACACUUCUGGAUCCCAGUGGCCUUUAUGAUGAAGAGAUCAGUUCACCUGAAAGUUUACAAAAGGUGAUGGAGAACGAGGAGGGCAGGAAGGAGUACCUGGUGUUUCCUCCCAGUAAAAGCCAGUGUCCCGGCAGCAGCCAGAAAGGACGGAAGAUCCCCCUGAAGGGCAACGGACGCCGCAUCGACUACAUCCUCUACAGCGACGAAGGCCUGAACCAGGACUGGAAACUGGACAUUGAGGAGUUCAGCUUCGUCACCCAGCUGGCCGGCCUCACCGACCACCUGUCCGUCGCCAUGCGAUUGUCCGUUGCCACUGGCGACGACGAGCCUUAGACGACCACAGGAGAAGAAGCCGAUAGUGAAUACUGCCAUAGUGGAACAUGUGAGGACCACCACUACAAACAGGAGUUUACACCAACACCGUUUUUACACCAGGAUGAAGAAAGAAAAGACAGAACAAAGGAAAAUCCACCUGAAAAUCAGCUGUUUUUACCGUCGGACGCGUUUCCUCCGGAGGCGUUUCCUUCAUGUAGCCGCUUUAACCACCGUCAGCGGAUGUGGUGGCGUCUCCGUCUGAUGGGUUUUUAUGUUUCCACCUUCAGGGACACUUGGACUCUCUGUCUCCAAUGACGACGCUGAUGUCCUCGUCCUCAGAAGGUCAAAGGUCAAAGGUCGGAUCGUCCACCGUUCCACUCCGACUCCAGGAACCUCAACAAGUGUCUUUUUUUUCUAAAAAAAACAAAACAAAACAAAACAAAAACAUAGUCUUUCUAGAAAAUGGAGAAAAUAACCGUUUCUAUUGUCACUGCACCACUUUUUAUAUAUAAGGACUUUAAUGCCUGUUUAUUAUUAUUAUGGGAUGUUUCUAAACAGUUGUGGAAAGGGACUUUGGGGACAUCGGAGCGUUUGUUUGAUACUUAUCGCAUGUUUUUUCGGUGCAAAUCUGAAGGUCAAAGACAUUUUCCGGUGAUAGUUGAAGGCGUCGAGGCCUUGCUGAUGCAUGAUGGGAAAUGAAGUCCGUUUACAACCUUUACUGCUUGCUUGAGUCUUGGAUGCCUGAAGAGUUCAAUUUAUCGCAUUUACCCUGAAGCACACACACUUCCUGUACGUCAGCGCAUGUGAGACGCCGAACGCACCACGUAUGAAGUAUGCACCUGAACGCACCGUGGACUCGCACUAACACACACCUGAUGAACGGAGGACGUAGAUAUGAUCCGUCUGUAGCAAACGUCACUGUUCUGUCAAAGUCAAACUGACAAAUCACGUCCAGUUGAACCCGUUUACGCUGAUGUUUUUCAUCCAAUCAUGAUUCAACUGAAACCUCAUCAACCUUAAGGCGGUAUGACGCAUUCAGUAGCUUUAACAGGAACAGAAAACCCACAGUUAGACUGAGUUUAACACGGAAAUAACAUCCAGUUACUGUGUAAAAGUCGGAUCCACCUUUAUCUGUGUUGUUUUUCAGGGUUAAAUGAUCAUAUAUAUUUAGUUCUUAUUUUCUUUUAUUCACAUACAAUGAGAAAAUACAGUCAGUAUGUUCACAGCCUUAAAAGACACAAAAAACUGAACUAAAUGUGUUGUAAAGGUUAAAGUUACUAUUUAGUUUGACCUUUAACCCCGUGACAAGAAACAGUUAAAAUCAUCUGAUGAAUCAAACCUGGUUGUUAUGGACUUUUUUUUUUUUCUUUUUUUUUUAA